AGAGGCGGGCAGGAGCCGAGGCCAGGGAGCCCUCUGCGUCAGCUGCUGCUCACUGCGCCGCGCCAGUACCAGCCGGGACUCACCCGCAGCUCCAUGCUUGUGCCCGGCUCGACUCGUCCAUCCUCGGAGAAGAGGCAGAAUGGGGCUGCACUGAAGAUCGUGGUGAUGUUCACCUCCCCAAGGCACCGGCCUAAGAAGGUCCCCCAAGCCCAACCCCGGAGAGUGGAGGAAAGGAGAGCUGGUUGGGCUGGGGUUGGGGCAUCCCCCACUCCUUUGAUACUGUAGAUGCCUACCAAACUGGAGUCGGAAUGAGGACUGGAAUGAGGGCCAGGGACGAGGGCGUCCUCUGAAGUGCAUCACCAGGACCCAAGCUGAGUCAGUAGCCUCUGCUGAGACAGGGUGGAGUACUGGGUACUCCCAGUCCUCAGGGAGAGCCAUCGGGAAACAGGAGCCACGGACCGGGAGCACACAAGAGCACCAAGGCCCAAGAGGUUAAGAAUCCUGCUCCUUCCUCCUGUGAGCCUGCCCAGCCCAGCUCUGUGGCCUUGGAAUCCUGAGCACUCCUACAGCCCAUGAGGCUCCCAGUCCCCACUGAGUGCCGCCCUGAAGGAUGUCCCAGCUCUCCUCCACCCUGAAGCGCUACACAGAAUCGGCCCGUUACACAGAUGCCCCUUAUGCCAAAUCAGGCUAUGGCACCUACACUCCCUCUUCCUAUGGGGCCAACCUGGCUGCCUCCUUCCUGGAGAAGGAGAAGCUCGCCUUUAAGCCAGGCCCCCCAACCAGCUUCCUCACCCGUCCCCGUACCUACGGCCCCUCUUCCAUCCUGGACUAUGACAGGGGCCGCCCCCUGCUGAGACCCGACAUCAUCGGGGGUGGCAAGCGGGCAGAGAGCCAGACUCGAGGCACUGAGCGGCCUUCAGGGAGCGGACUCAGCGGGGGCAGUGGAUUCCCUUAUGGAGUGACCAACAACUCCCUCAGCUACCUGCCGGGGACUGCCCGGGACCAGGGCAUAACCUUGACCCAGAAGAAGUCCAGCAGUCAAUCAGACCUGGCCCGGGAUUUCUCCAGCCUCCGGACCUCAGAUAGCUAUCGGAUAGACCCUGGGAACCUGGGCCGCAGCCCCAUGCUGGCCCGCACGCGCAAGGAGCUGUGUGCCCUGCAGGGGCUCUAUCAGGCAGCCAGCCGCUCGGAGUACCUGACAGACUACCUGGAGAACUAUGGCCGAAAGGGCAGCGCCCCUCAGGUGCCCACCCAGGCCCCUUCCUCUCGAGUCCCUGAAGUCCUCAGCCCCACCUACCGACCCACUGGCCAUUACACUCUGUGGGAGAAGAGUAAGGGCCAGGCCCCUGGGUCCAGCCGCUCCAGCUCCCCAGGGCGAGACACCAUGGACACCCAUUGCAGGACGCAUGCACUCAACGACGAUCCAGCAGUACUCUCGGAAAUGGUCAGCUACCCCCACAUACACUGCAAUUCUCACCCGCCGCCUCACCACCCAACAUGCCAGUGUCCCCUGCAGGCCCUGCACCAUCCUGGACUGAGUGCUGAGGCCCCCAAACCGCCAGUGUUCCUUGUGAAUUCUAAGAGCGCCCAGGGUCUGGCUGGUCUUCGAAACCUUGGGAACACGUGCUUCAUGAACUCCAUUCUGCAGUGUCUGAGCAACACCCGGGAGCUGAGGGAUUACUGCCUCCAGAGGCUCUACAUGCGGGAUCUCAGCCACGGCAGCAGUGUCCACACAGCCCUCAUGGAAGAGUUUGCAAAACUAAUCCAGACCAUAUGGACUUCAUCCCCCAAUGAUGUGGUGAGCCCAUCUGAGUUCAAGACCCAGAUCCAGAGAUAUGCCCCGCGCUUCGUUGGCUAUAAUCAGCAAGAUGCUCAGGAGUUUCUGCGCUUUCUUCUGGAUGGGCUCCACAACGAGGUGAACCGGGUAACAGUGAGGCCUAAGUCCAACCCUGAGAACCUCGAUCAUCUUCCUGAUGAUGAGAAAGGGCGACAGAUGUGGAGGAAGUAUCUAGAACGGGAAGACAGUCGGAUUGGGGAUCUUUUUGUUGGGCAGCUAAAGAGCUCCCUGACGUGCACGGACUGUGGUUACUGCUCUACAGUCUUUGAUCCCUUCUGGGACCUCUCCCUGCCCAUCGCUAAGCGAGGUUAUCCUGAGGUAACUUUAAUGGACUGCAUGAGGCUCUUCACCAAAGAGGAUGUGCUUGAUGGCGAUGAAAAGCCAACAUGCUGUCGCUGCCGAGCCAGAAAACGAUGUAUAAAGAAGUUCUCCAUCCAGAGGUUCCCAAAGAUCUUGGUGCUCCAUCUGAAGCGGUUCUCAGAAUCCAGGAUACGAACCAGCAAGCUCACAACAUUUGUGAAUUUCCCACUAAGAGACCUGGACUUGAGAGAAUUUGCCUCAGAAAACACCAACCACGCUGUUUACAACCUGUACGCUGUGUCCAAUCACUCUGGAACCACCAUGGGCGGCCAUUAUACAGCCUAUUGCCGGAGUCCAGUGACGGGCGAAUGGCACACUUUCAAUGACUCCAGCGUCACACCCAUGUCUUCCAGCCAAGUGCGCACCAGCGACGCCUAUUUGCUCUUCUACGAAUUGGCCAGUCCACCCUCCCGCAUGUAGCAGCAAGGAGCUACAUCCCUGUCUCCCUUUCCUGUGGUGGCCCCACACCCUAAGUUUUUUUUUUUUUUAAAGACAAAAAAAAAAAAAUCCUGACAAAUAAGAGAAAAAUAAAGUAAACUAAAGCUGCCGAGCAGGAGUUGCUGCAGCCUGGUCAGGGUCUGGAGCGCGGAGCCAGGAGCCCCUGAGCCAUACGCGGCACGAAGAUCGACAGGACACAGAGCCCGGAGCCAGCACAGUGUCCCCUCGGCUUCUCUUGUUUGCGUUUUUAAGCUUGUGGUUUUUUCCUGUGUGUAAUAAACAACAGCGGUCUGUGGGGAGAAGAUCUCGUCCUCUUGGUGCCCUUCCAGCCCCCGUUCCUCCCGAGAAGACAGCGCCCUCUGGAGCCUGCUGGGAGGAUCGCCGCCUGGGAGCCCCGGCGCCGGAGCCUAGCACCUGUCUUCGCCUGGACCCUGCUCACCAGUCCAGAAGCAAGAAAAACACCCAUGAGCCAAGAGCCCUCUUAACGCUGCUAUCUCCAGGGAGACAGACAAGGGGAUGACUUUUAAAAAAGCUGAUUUUGGUUUUUAAAAGCCCAACUUUUUUUUUUUUUUUUUUUUUUUUAAUUACAAUAACUAAAGCUUUCAGACUGGAGAUGCUCUCCUUCACACUUCUUCACAGCUGGGAUGUUAUGCUGGUCAUUUUUUUUUUUUUUUUUUUUUUUUUUAGUUCUUCAAAUACAGCUUUUCUAAUGCUAGCCCCCAGUGGUGCUAGGUGGGCGUCGGCCAGGCCCUAAGUACAGCCACAGUAGACCCGGGAUCUAACAAGUUUUUUUGUUUUUGUUUUAAUGUUUUGGAUGGAAUCUAGUUGCCUCCAAGAAUUGUGCCUUAUAGCAUUUGGGGACCAGGGGGUAACUGCCCCUCCCUGAAAUAUCCCUCAGCCUCUUCCCUUUUCCCCAGUGCCGUGUUCAAACCCGCUGGGGGAGAUGGGGGUCGUGCCCGUAGCCCCUGGCUUGUUUUACAUCGCAGUGAGGUGAAGAGGAGAGUAGGUGGAAGGAGAUUUCUUACGGUAGCGUAUCAAGUUUUUCCUGCCCACUUCCUCUAAGCCACCCCUGGUCUACUCCCCAGCUGUUUGAAGGAUAGCACAAGCCCCUUAUCCCUAGAACUUCUCUCACCUUUAAUUUAUUCCCUCUUAAUGUGCUUCUUCUUCCUGACCUUCAUGCCCCCACCCCUUCUCAGAGCCUCCUAGACAUAGGCCCUUUGGACCGAGUUUCUCAGGGAUGCCCAUGCCACCCCUCAGCCCCUCUUGGCAUCGGUCGUCAGUCCCACCCCAGGAGCUGGAGCCUGGGUGUCUGGGGACAUCUUGCCUCAGCCGUAUGAUUCUUUUCCCACGGGCGUGAUUUUGCCCUGAGUAGUUCUGGACAAAACUCGGUGCUGUCCCGGAGAGUAAGCCGUCCGGCACCAAGGCACGGAGCUCUGUGCAUCCACGCACGUGGGCCCAGCUUGUGACCCUUGGAGCCUGAAGCUUUCUAAUGCUCCCAGGAGGCAUCAGAGAGAGACGCCCCAAGUUUAACUGGCCUGACCCCCUUCCCCAGGGAAGCCCUGUGAACCUGAGCCAAAGGGCUGGUGUGCACUUGUUUACUGUGUAAGCAAGAGUAGAAGAAUGUCUGAUGUACAGUGGAACCUUGUACAGAAUAAAUAAUAGCUUUGAGAAAGAA